GGUGUUCAAUCUUGGUGUUUGUGAGGUUAUGUGCGUUUGUUUUCGAGUGAAAAGGGCGAUAAAUCGAGGCGGAAAAUGGCGGAAAGCGCUGGAAAUUGGUGUUUGAUCGAAUCGGAUCCGGGAGUUUUCACCGAAUUGAUACGGGAAUUCGGUUGCCAUGGCGUCCAAGUGGAGGAGUUGUGGAGUUUGGACGGGGAGCAAUUUGAAAGUUUGAAGCCCAUCCACGGUCUGAUAUUCCUCUUCAAAUGGACCAAAAACGACGAACCAUCCGGGCCGAUCGUCCACGACCAAGGCCGUCUCGAUCGCAUCUUCUUCGCUCGACAAGUCAUCGAAAACGCAUGCGCGACCCAAGCCAUACUGAGCGUUCUCCUCAACACGCGCCAUCCCGACCUAAAAUUAGGACAUACUCUGACCGAAUUGAAGGAAUUCUGUCGAGGAUUCGACGCCAACAUGGCUGGUCUGACGAUCAGCAAUUCACCCGUCAUUCGAUCCGUUCACAAUUCCUUCGCACGACAGCAAUUGUUCGAAUUCGAAGAGGACGAGAUGGGUAAGAAGAAGAGGAGAAAAGAGGAGGAAAUCUAUCAUUUCGUCGGUUACGUACCGAUCGAAGGGAGAUUGUACGAAUUGGACGGAUUGAAGGAGGGGCCCGUCGAUUUGGGGGGUUACGGGGAGAACGGCGGGGAUUGGUUGGAUUUCGUCAGGCCGAUUAUCGAGAGGAGGAUAAGGAGAUACAGCCAAGGGGAGAUCCAUUUCAAUCUAAUGGCGAUCGUGAGCGAUCGAAAAAUGCUCUACGAACGAAAAAUCGCCGAUUUGCGGAAAAUCGAAGAGGAAACGGCGACGUCGCAAAGUCGAGAAAUCGCCCGAUUAGAGGCGUUGAUCCUUGACGAGGAGAACAAACGGACGAGAUACAAGAUCGAAUGCAUCAGAAGGAGACACAACUAUCUACCGUUGAUCGUCGAAAUUUUGAAGAUUUUAGCCAGAGAAGGGAAAUUGGUGGGGUUGUACGAGAAGGCGAAGGAGAGGACUGUAAAGAGGGAGAAGAUGAAAAUAGGGGGAUGAAAAAAGAGCGAGAGAUAUAUGGAGGAAUGGGAAGGAUGAAUAAAUGGGGUGGGGGGAGGAUAAUCAA